AUGAGCAAAUUUCACUGCAAGGUUCUGCGGGUUGUGUGUCUGUUUGCUUUGAUCCUUAACAUCUAUUUUCUUGUGCGUAUCUUGUCCAAUGACGAGAUAGUUCUGAUCACCAGCCAGCUGGAUAUCAUUUCAACCUACUACAACAGGCCCCCCACUACCAGCCCACAUCCUUUUGCUCAUCUAUUGCCCAAAGGAAUAAUAAAACAGCCACAACACUGCAAACGACCCAAGCUAAGCCUGCAGCAUGAUGCGCUAUCUUUCGCCUUCCACACCAUGGACCCCCUGACCUGUGAGGGUGGCAACUACUUCACCUACCACAAGGGACACCUGGUCCCCAAUCAAACAGAGCUCAGCAAAUGGAAAGUCCGGCACUGUGCCGUGUCAGCCAUCAGACGGUACUCAGACGACGACAGCUAUCUGUACGACUUAGAUCAGGACCCCGUCUUAGGGAAGUUUCUAGUGGAAGAAGAUUUUCUUUAUGUAAAUUGUGAAUUAGGUUCUAAUGUUUAUGAAGAAACUGAAAAAAAUUCCCGCGACAUUUCAACAUUAACCAACACUGUUGUGGAGGUUACAACAAAAGAAAGUACACAAAUGACAACAAUAUUGGAGCAUUUUCUAACACCUAACUUAAACAAUACCAGGUUUUAUAAUCAUAGUUUGUCCAACUUUUCUAGUCCUGUAAGAUUGAAAGCAAAUUAUUCAGUAGUUCUUAAAGUAGAUACAAAUACACAUAAUGGGUUAGAUCCGGAAGAAACAGGAAUAUCGCGUCAACAAAACAUAAAUGUUCCUGUGUUUCAAGUGGAUGGAGAUACUUCUAGCAAUCAUGGCACCGCAGACAUCAACAUCACCGCAGACAUCCACAGCACCGCAGAUGUCAACAAGUUACCUGUGGUACCUGAGCGCCUGACUGAAGAUUACCUGCCAGACUACCAGCCUCCAGACCUGUAUGAGGACCUAGCCAUGCCCAGACCUCUGGAACCCCAGGAGUGUUUUAGGGAGCAGUUCCUGGUACAGGUCAACCCUAAGGCAGACGUCUUCCAGCAUUUCAGUAGAGUCACCAAAAGCACAGGUCCUCCAGAGUACAAUGUCCUUAUGUUUGGGAUAGACUCCAUGUCAAGCCUGACCUUCAAGCGGAAGUUGCCUCAGACUUUAAAGUACUUGAAAGAAAAAUUAGGAGCAGUCGUAUUUGAUGGGUACAAUAUUGUGGGGGAUGGUACAACGCAGGCUCUCUUCCCUAUCUUUGUAGGCCAACUUCAGCAGGAGGUGACCAACGUGACCACCCAGACGCUGGACGGAGUGGACUUUGUCUGGAAACACUACAAGCAGCGUGGCGCUGCUACCCUCUACGCUGAGGACGAGCCUGGAAUUGGGGCGUUUAAUUUACGUCUGAAAGGUUUCAACCAGAUGCCCACUGAUCACUACAUGAGAUACUUUUGGCAGGAACUGAAGAAGUCCAGGCUAGCGACUGAGUGCAACAAACCCUACUGCACCGGUUCAAAACCCAACCACAUGUACCUGCUGGAGUACCUGGAAGAUUUUUUCAACAAGUACCGCAACAUUUCCUGCUUCGCUGUCGGCUAUUCCUGUGAGCUGAGCCACAACGACGUCAACCCCUCCCAGUACCUAGACGCUGACCUCAAGACUUUUUUAAUGCGCAUGCACAGAAAACGUCACCUGACCAACACCAUCGUCGUAGUGUUUGCUGACCACGGGUCAAGACGAGGGUUGGUCAGGAAGACGUAUCAAGGCAAGAUUGAGGAACGGCUGCCGUUUCUGUCCGUCUUUGUUCCUGAGAGUUUCAAGAAGACCCACAGGCAGUUGUAUAAAAAUUUAGCUGAAAACACCGACAAGCUCACGACUCCGUUUGAUCUUCAUGAAACAUUGCUGCACAUUCUUCAGUUAAAUAAGCAUGUCAGGCCAUCUACUGGAGGGUCUCGGGGCAUCAGCUUGUUCCAACAGAUUCCUGCCAACAGAACUUGUGCUGAGGCUGGCAUUCAAACACAUUGGUGUACCUGUGUGCAGGAGGUGCCAGCGCCUCUAGACAGUCCAGUGGUCAAGGGGGCCGCCCAGGCUGUGGUAGAUGCCAUCAAUUCCCUGACAGAGCCUGCCAGGACCAGUUGUGUGACCCUGACCUUGAACCAGACACAUUCUGCCAGUUUGGUCAUGCCUAAUGAGAAGCUACUCAAGUUUUAUGAGAGCAAGGAAUACGAAAAGUUUGAGAUCAGCCUAGGGGAGGCAACCUUGGACAUGGUAGAGUUACAGUUACUGGUGGAGACCGGCCCCUGUCAGGGGAUGUUUGAGGCCACGGUGCAGGUCAAGAAUCUUUUUCUUGAGGAUACGGGGGGUCAUACGUUGUCCUACAGUGUGGACGAAAAUUUUGUUAGUCGUAUCAAUACGUACGGUCAGCAGUCUGCGUGUGUAUGUGGCAGUCACCUGAGUAUGGUCAAGUUCUGUUGUUGUCAGCAGUUUUUAAGGGGAGAGAAGAUUAAAAAAUGUUGAAAUAUUAUGGUCCAAG